AUGGCUCCGUUACAGAAUGGUGGAAAUCUACCUCCCCGAAACCCACCAAGAGGAAACUUUGGGGGAGAUCCAGAACCUUCCGACGACGAUGACGACGAUAACAGUGAAUGGUCGCACGGUCGGAAGAAUUGGAGAAUGAACCGAGGCGGAAACCGGAAUUCGGCGCCGCCCGAAGACGACGAUAUGGCAGAUUCGCUCGCCAAAAUACCCUUUGAGUUCGAUAAUGCCAGGAAGCAUAACCUGCGGCAUUGGCUCAUGGAGUGCGAGAUCUACUUCGAGCAGAAGCCCAAGAAGUUCCGAACGGAUAGGAACAAGGUACUGUUCGCUGGGACGUAUACGUGUGGGUUGGCAAAGGAAUGGUUUAUGGAAUAUAUCGAGACCAAGAUGCUAGGACCGGCAGCCGCGGACUACGCUACUGUGAGGGAUGCGUACCAGACCACAAGAGUACACUACGCAGAGCUCAGAGUUCGGCUAACAGCUACAAAGGUAGGAGUCUCCAAGGUCUCCUCAGUCAACGUCGAGUAG